ACUUUUUUUUCAUUAUUUAUUUAUAUACUUGGAAUAAAUAACAAAAGGGAAAGUACUUCUAUAAUUAAUAUUUUUCGUAACAUUGCGUUAUAUCUUUCCUCGUAAUAAAAUCGCUGUUGUAUUUUUAGAUGACAUGAAGGAUGCCUAUAACUAGUAUAAAUUAUUAAGUCAUUAUACACUUAAUAUUAGCUAUCUGUAGAAGACUAAUUUUAUAUACGCACAUUUCACAUAAUACAAUCAUCAGAAUAUCUUUGAAAUCAAAAUACUAUUUUAUUCGAUUGUUCAUUUAAUUUAAUUUUUUUAGAACAAAAUGACUCAAUAAGCAUCUUGUACAUUCUCUGCAUCUCUAUAUAAUGGUACAUCUAACUCUUUCUAGCAAGAGAUCAAUUUUAUCUUUUCUGUAAAUUCUAAAUAAAGUGGGACAUACAUUCGAUCGAUAUAUUUAUGUCAAAAGAAACAGAAAAUGGAAAGAGAGAGAGAAAGAUCGCGCGUGAGACGUUGACGAUUGAGAAAAAUCUACGCGUCUGCACGACUGCCGUCGCGCACCUGGUUGCACACCCCCGCGGAAGACUCUACGGCGACGAAACGGCGCGGUCACGAUAUCGAGCGACCCGGUGACCUCCCGGCCGUGGAAUUGAUUAUUUUCAGGAGAGAGAGAGAAAGAGGUCCCCCCUUUGAAGUAUACGUAGCUUAUGUCAGCUAGACUUGACGCCGGCUAAGUAGUUCAUCAUGGAGAGCCGCUCAGGCAGCAUAAAAGACCCGAUGUAUUAUCCGGAUAACGACGGUACGUCGAGCGGCGGUGGAGGCAGCGUCGAACAGCAGGACAAGAGUCAGCGCAGCUCGCUCGGCAGCCAGGAGCAGGAGAUCAGCCUGGACGACAGCAACGCGCUCAAGGUGCCGCGUAAAUUCAUAACCAACUGGCGGCAGGCGUGCGACCGUACCAAGGACCGGACCAAGGAUCUUUUGAAGAGAUGGAGAACGACCAGCAGCAACAUCGACGAGCUCGCCGUCGCGCCCGUCGUCGUCCCCGAACACCUGGAACAGCCCAGCUGGAGCGUGCAUGUCUGGACGACCUGGGUGAGCCGUUUCCCGAGUGACGACAGCUUGUCCGCCAUUGAACCCAGUAAAAGCGGAGGCUCGGCGGCCUUAGCUCUCAUUCAACGUGAUAAAUUCUCUCACUUUUUUAUGUACCUCCUUGAUCACGACAGAGACGGCUAUAUCAACAGGAAGGAUUUUUCAAUGCUUUCCGAGCGUUUGAGAAGAUUUGCGGACUGGUCAUGGAACGGUCCAGAGUAUCUGAGGCUUCUGGAGAUUGAGAAUGGACUUGCCGGACUGAUCCUUCAGGAUAAGAAGGCACCCGCCGAGCCGGAUAAAAAGAUCGAUCUUGAGGAGUGGUUGUCCUGGUGGGCACAGAUUGUCGCACCGCCGGACGGUGCUAGUUACAACGAUUUACCGUUCUGGAUUAAAGUUAUGCCUAGAGUGUUUUUCCUCGCCAUAAACAGAUGCGGAAAUGGGAUGAUCACCAAGAAGGAACUCGCGGCUUUUUACGGAUCCGUGGUCGGCCUUGACCCCGAAAGGAUAAAGAAAUGCCUGGACAUUGCAUACAACUCUAUGACUUCAAACGGAGAUCAUCCACUUGGCUGGGUGCAGUAUCAGUUAGUAUUCGCCAAUUUCCUGUUCGGCCGCGGCCCGUUCGGUCCGGGGGAGCACUUCCUGGGCAUGACAGACUCCUGUAUGAUUCGUGAUAAUACUAUACCGUUCCCCAUCGAUUACUCCGCGAUGAACACACCCCGGGACAAAUUAGAGGUGUACAGUCCCCAUUGCAAGAGCAACAGGCGGAGCGUCGUAGUCUAACGGCGAAGUCAACCGCAAGAGAGUUCCUUCUGAUUAUAGUGAUGCAACGUGCACAAUCGUCUUUUGAGUGCCUAAUAUCGUGUACCAUAUGCCGUAUGUGUUUGAUAUAAAUCUAUUUUAGUCAAUUGCCGAAAAAGAUCUCAAUAUGAAAGAAUUAUGAAGAAUUAUAAUAUUUAUCUUGCACCUUUGACAUAUGUACAAAAAAUCUCGACGAUCUAUUAAGAGAUCCCAUAAUCAAUGAUAUCACAUUCCAAUACACUGUCACACUGCCAUUUACCUUUUGGGAGCUUUAUGAGUAUCCCUCACAUAUAGCGAACGUAUACAUCUAAUUUUAGGUAGAACACAAAGAGGUACAUGUGUCUAAUUUUAGAUAGAACAAACUGCUUCAAAGAGGAAAACUUUGAUUAAUCCUCGUAAGGCAUUUAUCUCUGCGAGUAGGAAUAUUGUAUGGUUUAAUGGAGGCUGAAAUAAAGGUUAUUACGUACUUAUAAAAUUUA